AUGACCAUCAAUUCCGUCUUUCAGUCUCUCCCCACGGAGCUACUGGAAUUCAUAUUCAACAAUAUUCGACGACUGCCAGGAUCCCUUCGAGCCCUUGCACAGACAUGUCACAGAUUUCACACCAUAAUCAAUCCAAUUUUGUAUUCAUCAAUAUGCUUGCGAAACUUGAGCUGCGGCGAAAAGUUUGCAAAAACUGUGCAGAGUACGUCCACGCUAUCUUCCCUUGUGCGGGAGCUACAGGUCCAUUACCACGAUGACGUGAUGGACAAAGUCCACGAAUCACUUCUGGACACUUUGUAUGAGCUCAGAAAUCUGGAAAGCUUGAGCAUACGAAGCGUGCCUUUGAAGGGUGUUCUAGAGGAACAAAGCAACCGACUCAUCGGCAUGUUUGUCCCAAGAACCGAAAUUGGUGAAAUAAGAGUCAGUUCUGCUGGACACAAGUUACGCUCUUUAUAUCUCGGAGCAGCAUUCAAAGGCAAAGAUAAAGACUGGUGGCCCCUAGGUCCCAACGAAAUCGUAUUCUUCAUGGAAAAUCUCGAGAAACUUUGCAUCCAAGGAGCAAAAGUGAAACGCUUACAUCCCGGAGUAUUUGACAGAAGGGUACCCCCGCAGAAAACCGGUCUCAAAGAGCUAAUCCUACUGAACUGCGAUGUAUCAUCGGAUAUGCUCAAAGAGAUUCUCACAUUCUUUGGCGGCCUCAAAAGAUUCACUUUGAAGGGCUCAGAUCCAGAUUUUCCCUGGCCGUAUGGGCUCUACCAACAUCGAUUCACAGAAGCUUAUAUACGAGCUUUGGCAACAAACACUUCAGAUACUCUAGAGUAUCUCGACCUCGAUGUCUCCGAAGCGGAAUCUCACUCGGAUUUCACCAGUUUGGCGAAUUUGAAACACCUGAUAGUCCCCGCAAGUAUAUUUAAACCUCAAGCACUGCACACAGACAUCAGCUCGUCUGGGAGACGCCUUCCCACAACUUUGGAAAAUCUUGUGAUCAAGGACUACGAAAGAGAAGGUCUUCGGACAGAUGUUUUGAUUGGAAUGCUGAAGAAUGGGCAGCCCCCAAAUCUGCGUACUAUCAAGUAUGAGACAUACUACCAUCCUGACGAAUUUGAUAACUGGGAGACUACGAAGGGUCAUGCCUGGAACUAUGACAUCGACCAAUUUCGAGAAUGUGGUAUUCAGCUCAUUGUUGAUCGCUGUUAUGAUCCAUCUCCAAUGCUCGAGAAUGAGGCCUGGCCGUGCGAAUGCUGGACGUAUCACCAAAUAGGAACGGCACUAAUGAGUUAG